CGUCUUUGAAGCUUCACUUUCCUCCUCGAUUACACCAAAAACAUGCUUAAAACUGGCACUGCACUAUAUAUAUACAUCAGAGUCUCAAUCUGCAGUUGAAGAUUCAGCACUUUGCCUGAGCCUAGAGGAUAGCAAACGCAAGAUAUUAAAUUGAUAUGCCUCCCUCAUCGUCUCCGGCCAGAUAUUUUCUGGUUUUCUUGGGGAUGUUCGGUUCUAUGCUUAUGUCGUCUGGGUUGCCGGCCAUCUCUGCUACCGAGAUUGGUGCUAAAGUAGGCAUUAGAAGGACUCUGAUGGAUAACGGCCUCGGUUUAACUCCUCAAAUGGGGUGGAAUAGUUGGAACCAUUUCCAUUGCGAUAUUAACGAGACAUUGAUCAAGGAAACUGCUGAUGCAGUGGUCUCAACUGGUCUAGCUGCUGUAGGCUACACCUAUAUAAACCUAGAUGAUUGUUGGGGAGAACUCAACAGAGAUUCUCUGGGGAAUUUGGUUCCUAAAGGUUCAACAUUCCCUUCAGGAAUGAAGGCACUUGCAGAUUAUGUUCACAGCAAAGGGCUUAAGCUUGGAAUUUACUCAGAUGCAGGAACUCAAACUUGUAGCCAAACCAUGCCAGGGUCCCUAGGACAUGAAGAACAAGAUGCAAAAACCUUCGCCUCUUGGGGAGUGGAUUACUUGAAAUAUGACAACUGCGAAAACACUGGAGCAAGCCCAAAGGAAAGGUACCCAAAGAUGAGUAAAGCUUUAAUGGAGUCAGGGAGGCCCAUAUUUUUCUCUUUAUGUGAAUGGGGACAAGAAGACCCUGCAACAUGGGCACCAAGCAUAGCAAAUAGUUGGAGAACUACUGGAGACAUUGAAGAUAACUGGGAUAGCAUGACAGGAAUCGCGGAUCAAAACGACCAAUGGGCUUCGUAUGCUCAACCUGGAGCCUGGAAUGAUCCCGACAUGCUCGAAGUAGGAAAUGGCGGCAUGACAACCGAAGAAUACCGCUGCCAUUUCAGCAUAUGGGCAUUAGCUAAAGCUCCUUUGUUGAUCGGGUGCGAUGUCACGUCCAUAGAUAACGUGACGUUUCAAUUAUUAAGCAAUACCGAGGUUAUCGAUGUCAAUCAAGAUAAACUUGGGGUUCAGGGUAAAAAAGUGAAGAAAGAUGGAGAUCUUGAGGUAUGGGCUGGCCCUUUGACCAAUAAUAGGGUAGCUGUGGUCUUAUGGAACAGAGGAUCUUCAUCGGCGAACAUCACUGCUUCCUGGUCCGAUGUAGGCUUUAAACCGUCGACGGCUGUCGAUGCUCGAGAUUUAUGGGCGCAUUCUUGGGCGAGGGCGGAUGAAGAUGAGAUUUCUGCGCAAGUGGAUUCUCAUGCUUGUAAAAUGUACACUUUGGAACCCCAUAAAAACAGUUCAGCUUUCAACAAAAAUUGGUAGUUUGGUGGGGAGAGCGAGUGAAAUUACAACAGUGAUGUGCUU